AUGUCGGCUACGGCCGGACAGCCGACGGAUGGGCACGACGAUAAGGAUAAGUCGCUCCUUCUCAAGGAAGGCGACGAGGCUCCACAACGGCCGCUGGAUAUUGAACGCUUGCGACGUUGCAUCAUAGAAUUUGUGCACGAAAAUUUCCUCGAAGUAGUGUUCUGGCAAAUGCAGACGGCAAAUAAGGACUUUGAUGAGAUGCUCGGCGUUCAAGCUGUGGUUUUAUUGAGCAAAAUGGACGAGAAGGAAAGAGGUGUUCUACUCAUGGAGCUUGUGACUAUAGUACACGAAUCAUCGUUGCAAUGGCGCCAGGAAUAUGAACGUGUUGUCGAUGCCAUCCUCUAUUAUGCCCAUGCAGCUGGUGUUCUUUCCAUCAACAUGUGUGUCGAAGGAUUGGCCCUUACUGCAGAUUUCACCUUGCGUACUAUUAUGGAUCCACAGAAAUGGAUUUUCAUCGAGGAAAAUAUUCCGCUCAUGGACUACAAAGGUGUUCGAAGUCUAUUUAAGUGCUUGAUAUACCAGCAGUUCAAUAGUAUACCAGCCCAGCUAUCUCCCGAGCAGCGGCGGCAAUUACUGCCUGCCGAACGUAUCCUCCUCAAGAUUCUUGACCCAGAUCUGAACGUCAUACCACCGAUUUUCACUCUAACUGAACUUAGCCGUGGAAUUCUCAAGCGAGCAUACAUGUUUCCUCGCCUGGCUCAUCGUCUGUCUGAAUUGAUAAUGUACUUUCGUGCAGUGGCCGAGCUCAGCUAUGUCAUUGGGAGUCAUCGUGCUCCCUACCUUCCGUACAAGGCUGAGUUGCGAGCGCCACAAACAUACCUUCUUUACACUGUCAUAAGGCAGCCACGUGGAAAGGAAGUGCUCUCGGGCCUACUACGUCAAGUCACGCAUGGUAGAACUCAGUGGGAUGAAAUCCUCUCGGUGUUGAUUAGUGAAACCAUGGCAGAGGUUCAAAAACUUCCUGAAGAGAUUGAAAUCCCACGCUAUCAAUGGGAAAAUCUCAUGAGCAUAAUCAUGUACGGCAUCACACAGAAACAUAUAAAUCUCAGUCGUUUACUGAGCCUUCUGUCGAAUGUUCUGGUGAAAACCGGAUACCGAAGAGCACGCGACGAAGUGAUGUGGAUAAUGCUGCAGAUAGCGGGAACAUUCCAACAGCAUUUGCAGAAGGAACAAGUAGAAGAAAUGGCUAGACUGUACAACGUUCAAAAACUUCCUGAAGAGAUUGAAAUCCCACGCUAUCAAUGGGAAAAUCUCAUGAGCAUAAUCAUGUACGGCAUCACACAGAAACAUAUAAAUCUCAGUCGUUUACUGAGCCUUCUGUCGAAUGUUCUGGUGAAAACCGGAUACCGAAGAGCACGCGACGAAGUGAUGUGGAUAAUGCUGCAGAUAGCGGGAACAUUCCAACAGCAUUUGCAGAAGGAACAAGUGGAAGAAAUGGCUAGACUGUACAACCUCUUGUUCAAUGACGAUGUUGUGUGGACUGGCGCUUCUGAUCAUCCGUCUCAGCUUGUUCGAUUUCUCGCUGCUGCAUGCAUGUGGAACAUACUUGAUGGAUCGGAGGGUUUGCCGCCACCAAGUGAAUGUCUAGCCAAUCAAAUCGAGUUUAUACGUUCCAACACAGGACCGCCAGACGAGGCCAUGCAAGCCGUUUUAGACAAUGCGUUUCGACACGAGUCUCCCGUGUCUCGGAAUGUUCAUGCCAUUUUCCAACAGCGGCUGGAUGGACAACCCACAGACGAACCGCAUUUACUACCGUACGGUCGUGCGGCAAAUAAUAAAUUGGAUGCUUUUGAUAUGCAGUUCCUGGAUGCGUUGACUCUGCGAGCCAAAAUAAAUCUUCUUCUCUCCACAUGUUUUGUCUCACUUCACAAGGUUGAUAGACUUCCUAGUCCAGCUUGCGUUGAAACAUGUGCGCGGAUUCUUACAUCGAUCGAAUUCGACUACGGCCUCACAAAUUUCAUCACCAUUUUGAAUAGGUCAAUCACAGCUGCGCUCUCUCCAGCUCCUGCUGACGGAUUGAGUUUGAAGGAUCAGUGCUAUAUGCUGCUGGAUCUGCUGUGUUACAGGUUACCUUCGAUUCCAAUGAACUUUCGGGCUUCCAUGUCCCAUACACAUGAUCCUACUCCGGCAGGUCUUCGGCUAUGUAUGACAAUACAUAGCGCUAUGGCACAGCAGCAGAUUGCUACCAACUACGGUCUCUAUUCUGCAAUGGAGCACACACUCAUGCGACAGUGGGCGUGGAACUUGCUACCCGAUACUAUCAGUCUUGCCCAUUUAUUUGUAGAUAACGCGUUCGGAAACACGUUACUGAAUGUGAACUCCUGGUUGGUUUACAAUCCGAUGGAUAACGCAAGAGCUGGUCGACUAGUAGUGUGUCCCGAGAUUGUUCGCAUGUUGCUGAUUACAAUGAUGAGGGCUAUGAAAAUUAUGGGAAUUGAGAGUGAUCCAGAGUUGAUGCGAAUUAAUCAAGCGUAUACAUGGGCUCCAAGUCAGCUCUCAUCUCUGCCACUGACGGCUCAACGUACGGCCAUCACUCUCGAAGAAGACACAGCCAAGGCUGAAGCAUUCCAGAGAGAGGUUCACACCGACUUCAUGCAAAUGCGAGGGCAACCGGAAAUGUCUUGGAUGGAAUACAUGUCAAUGCCUUCUAGGCAGCCAACGAUUCUUUGUGUUAUUUUCCGUUAUCUCAUAGAGAGUCCUCCGGAACACCAGAUAUUGUCACCAGUGAUCUAUCAAAUUCUCGAUCGGCUGACGUGCCGAGAAUAUGUGCUGGCGGUGAAUGCUUUAACUGAUUAUAUAAUCUCACAGUGUAGCGCUGAGAAAAAUUCAGAGGAGUUUCUUCCUAUGAUGAUUCGCGUACUAAAUAUGAUGGUUUUCCAUCGUCAUGUGAUGACAUUUGAUCGGCUAUUGUUGUCCCUAGUCCUCCAUCCGGCCACUGAUCAUGCAAGUCAAAUAGCAAUGGUCAUUGUUCAGGCAUUGCUCAACUGCACAGAAAUCAAUGAAAGAAUAGAUUUCUACUGCCGCUAUAUUCCUCGACGAGAUGUGGAUGCUCCAGAACAUUUCCGAAGAUUAUCAGAGUAUCAUCGGAAAUUCCCUGAAAUGACGUUUGCUGAGAUGGCAAAUCGGCCCCCUAUGAUGGCCGAGAUGAUCAAUCCACGAGCGCAUUAUCCAAUUUACUAUGGAAGCCUCAUAGAGCGGUUACUGCCGAUUUUGGACUUCACAUUGGCACGUGCUCUGGAGCUUCAAGUAGAUAAUAUAUUCUCAACGAUACUUACUACUUGUGGACCGAUAUACAAGUUCCAUCCGUAUCCAAUAACAUUUCUCUACACGAUUCUUUUCUGCAUGCAUGAGCAACUGGGUCAUCAUCCAAGAGCGCGACAGUUUGUGCUGGCUAUUCUGUGCCAAGGAGAUCAAAGUUCUCUCACUCAGUCGUUCAUCAACGACAAUCACCAAAGGGUGUACUCGUUUGAGGAACUUGUAUACGAGUUGGCUGAUCGGAUUAUUACGUGCAGUGAAUUCAUUCUCACGCCUCCAUCAUACGUGGCUCCUGACUGGCGAUUUGCAGAAUACCCACCGGCUGCUCAAGCUUUGUAUCUUGCCUGCAUUGAGCUUCUUGCCAGUCCUCAUUCACCGGAGCAUAUUGUUCCGGCGAUGAUCAACUUGCUUGUCAGUUCGAGGGCUCAACCUCCUCGACCAUAUUUAAUGCUGAACGCGAUUGCUUUGUUGUUGACAGCACUACCUGAGGCGUACUGCCGAGUUCUACAGAACGAAUUUCUUGCUGUAAUUGACAGCGGCGUAUUGGCAGGUAUCGUCGCAUUCUUCUUGUCUUGCUCAUUGAAAUAG